GUUUUGGAAUGUUUUUGUUUUCAGCGAUUAAAUGUUAUCGAAAUUUCUACUGAUCCGUGACAGUUCUCUUCAAAUAACGUUAAUGAGUCUGUUUAUCGACCCGUGAGUCAUGUCGACCUGCUGAAAUAUAUUGAUUAAUGAAAUUAUCAACUGAUAAACUCAAUAGCAAUGGCAAAUAAUUACACAGAUUUAAGAACAACAUUAUCAGCUUCAAAGCAGAUACCAUCAGAUUUUGCAGAUGGAGAGGAAGACAGUGACACUGGGUGGGGCAGUGUAUCAGAGUGCCACAGUAAUGCCAACAGUGAAGAUGCCUUAUUACAUGAUUCAAUCUCGUGUGAUAUACCGACUGUUCGAACCAAGCCUGAUGGGGGAGACAGUGAAAUCCAGAAACUAAUAAAUGCUGCAGAAACUUUGGCUCUAGAACGAGCAAAACUCAACCUGUCGGGCUUCAUUACUGCAGCAGAUAAAUUAACCCAUCCCCCUGCUCCUGUGGUGGGAGUUAAAUCCUUGAACCCCACCAGUAGAAUCUCUCAAAAAGAGCACAGCAGCUUAGAUGAGAAGAGUGAGAAUAAAGGACUAUAUGAUGUUCAUAUUCAAUUGCAAAAUAAUAAUACAGGUGCCAGUUCAUCACACUUUCAAAGUGAUGAUUGUCAUACUUCAAGACUGGCCCCAAAUAGGUAUACUCAUUCAAUAGAAAACCUUUCAAAGUUUGAAGAAUCAGGAAGAAAACUGAAUGACGUUGAUGAAAUAGAAGAAAGCCAAUCAGUUUCAUUAUGUGACUUUGUAUUAUCAAAAACAUCAGAAGUAUAUCAAGAUGCUAAAGAUUAUUCCAUUCUUCAAGAAAAUGAAAAAUUGGAAGGGGAUAGUUUGAGAAGUAUUCCAAAACUAUCGUUAGAGCAUACUGGUGCUCUAAGUAAUGACAGUGAUUUAAGGGAUGAGAAAAAUCCUGUGAGCAAGGAUGUGAAGGAAGUGUGCAACUCCACCAUUCGAGAAUCCUCGACAGACGGCUCCAACGUCCAGAUUAUCCCACAAGCAAAAUAUUUUUUAGGAAGCGAUAACUCCAAGCAAAAUCUGCAACAGACAAGCAGGCAAGACUUGCGGGAAGUCUCUCUCAUGGUGCAUGAUGAAUGCAGCUGUUUGCUAAGUCUGGCUCUUACCUCCACCAGUAGCCUUAGCCGACUUAUUAGAUUGUUGAGACAAGUUUCAACGCUGCAAUUGGGUGCUGAUACACCUCGUGUUGCAGAGAAUGUGUUAGAAGAACUGACAGAGUAUGAGGAUCAACACAACUGCUUGCAAACAGAGCUGAGUUCUGCAGCAGCCCAGUUACAAAUGGUGGUAGCUCAGGUGCAGGGAAUUGAAAUUAUAAUUGGAGACCAGCAGAGAGAAGCUUCAAGCAUGGAACAGUGCGCUUCACAGCUCCUAGCCCAAGUUGAAGCAGGGCUAGAAUCUAUUGGUCUCAAGCAUAUGAUGGCUGUAACUUCACCCAGAAGACGGAGUACUGCUCGAAUGUUAGAGGAUAUAGCAUCAGCACUGGCGUUGCUAAUAGGGGAGCUUAACAGAAAAUCCCUACGAAAUCUUAACGUGGAAGACGAGUUAAAGCGUCAUUAUGAGGAAAUAGAAUUCCGCAGAGAAGCACUAUUAAAGAGAGAGACUAGAUUAAGAGCAAGUGAGCUGGAACUGUUGAAGGUGAAGAAGCAAAGCAAAGCAGAUGUCACCUCACUCAAGCAGUGUUUGGCUCAAGCAGAAGAAAACCUAAAUGAGACUCAGCUGGAAAAAAUGAAGAUCAGUGAAGCAUCGAAGAAGCUGGCAAUAGAAAAUGGUGCCCUUAUAAUACAACUUCAGCACAAGCUGUCUGAUCUUCAGCGUGAUGCAGACUCCAGAGUGAGUAAUUUGGAACACAAAUUCCAAGAUGCUGUUACAGUGAAUCAAUCACUGGAAUCAACUGUGGUUGAAUUAAAGAAUAAAUUGAGUCUUCAGACAAAACAAAUUAAUUUUGUGGAUGAGGAGAAUAAUUUGCUUAUUGAAGGAUUGAGAUCUACAAUAAGGCGCCAGCAAGAUGAAGAGGACCAAUUACGCAGACAGCUUGAUUCUAUCACUUCUCAAAAGAGCAAUCUUACUCGCAGGAUGGCUGAACUGGAGAGUGAAUUGGCUGCAGAACACGAACAGCAAGAAAAGCUAAUCAAAGAAGUUUCUGAGUUAAAGUCAUCUAUCAGCAAUCUUAAACUGGAGCACAUUGACUCAGAGAAAGCGCUUCGAGACAAAAUUGAUGUUGGUUCAGCAGCGCGAUGUGAACUGGAAGGCCGAAUACGGUCUUUAGACCUGGCCAUCCUACAGUUGCGGACAGAAUUACAAAUGGAAAAACAUCGAUCCACAGCUUUAUUUGAUGAAAAAAAUAGUUUGCAGAAAAAGGUAAGAGAUCUCCAAGAGCGUAUAUGGAGUCAGAAUCGUAGACGACGAAACAACAGCAGUGAUAGCAUUAGGAGCUUCGACAGCAUUAAGAGCAGCAGUAGUCUUCAUAGCACAGGAGGAUCAGCAUGGGAAAAAGAUGCCGACUCAGAGUGUGGAAGCUGCCACAGUACUCUUCCUACAAUCGAAGGGAGUGACCGUGUUGAUCAGCAAGUACAGUGUAUAAUGAAAGAAGUUGGAGAGGGCCAAGCCAGAGAAGAGCAACUUCACACACUUUUGCGUGAGAAGGAUGCAGCUCUCCAUAACCUUCAGCAUUCCCUCUCUACUCAGAUCACAACAAAAAAUCAAGAGCUUGAGGCGCUAAGUGGUAAAAUAAACUUUUUAGAGGAUCAGUUGGAAUCAUUACUGUCUGGCCUUGAAGUGAGUGCAGCCAUAGGCAAUAUAACAACAGAAGUUGGCCGCCUACUACAGGACCGAACAAGCCAUCUCGACUCCCUUGAUCACUCUUCACAUUGGCUUCAAGAGGAAAUGUCAUCUCUAGCACUGGAGAACCAAACCCUGAAUAAUGAACUACUUGCAACCAAAAUGAGUAAACAGGAAACAUCAGAAGCACAAGAAUCUGCACGAAGGGCACGACAAGAAGCUCGGGAAGAACGAUUGUCUGCAGCACGCCUAAGAGAAAAAUGCUUACAGUUACAGACAAAGUUGGACCAUGUACAAUACACCCUGGAACAUGAACGCCACGAGAGACGACUCACCGACACAGUGCAUGGAAUUAAGCACCAGGAAUUUGGUUCACUGCUUGACUGUACUACUGCUCUGCAGCAAACUUUUGAUCCUCAAGAAAGUGCUGAAAAACCACUUAUAAGUAUCAACAUGAAAACAUGAACUCAGGAAUCAAGACUACCUGUUUAUCAUCCAUUAUGGGUAGUUAGUUGCAGAAGAGAUACUCGGUGCCUAAAUUGUUUUUACUUUAUUUAUACAUUUUGCUUAACAAAUGAGGAGGGUACUAAACUGAAAAGUAAAAAGACAAUUUUGUAUUUUUGUAGUAACACAAUUUUAUAUGAAACACAAAUAAAGAGGAAACUCAAAAUACUGUACAGUACUUGAAUGAGAAACCUUAUAAACGCAAGUGUCAGUGGGUUUGUGGAAUGAAAAAUACAGUUUUAAAUAUAUAAGUGUUAGAAAUAAUGUCCAAUGUGUAACAUAUAUAAAACAAGGGACAUAUGCUAAAGUACUUCAUAGUCAUAUAUAUUUAUACAAAUGUCAAAUUUCUUUUCGGUUAUUAUUUGUGACUAAGGAAAAGAUUACAAUUGCUAUAGGUUAGAUAAGUCACUACCAUGAGGAUAAUUCUAAACUGCAUGCCUCUGGUUAAUCCACGAUCCAAAACAUUAAGGUACAUCCAGUAGAGAUACUGUACCUAGUGGUUUUAUUAGGCUUAAUUUAUUUUUCUGCAAGUUUCUAUUCCAUGUCCUAAGACUGUCUCAUUUCAGUCAGAUAUUUUUACUUUCAAACAUUUGUGUACGAUUAUAAAAGUUUCCUAUUGAAAUUGACGGGCAUAACCUAAUGGUGGAGUAUUUUGGCACUUAACAAACCUUUUCGUGAUACUGUACAACACUCAUUGAUGUCUUUAUGAAAAAUUGAAAGGUAAUGCUGCCUCUCAUUUUUGUCCUUUAUGAAUGCAGAAAUAUUUAUAAAGUAUUGUAUGUUUGUGGCUACCAACUGGCAGGUGUUUUAUGGAAAUGGAAAUAGAGAAAAGGAUGACUUUGCAAAGAAUAGAAUUGAUAACCAAUGGCUUUAGUGUUAAUUUUUCAUAAUUUUGUCAUCCACACACACCAAUACCAUCCCUAUGCAUCCAUACCGUCCACACGCACCUAUACUGCCCGUGUGCACCCAUACCACCUACAUGCACCCGUGCUGUCCACACACAAGCACCACCCACCCACAUGACUAGGUAUGUCCCUUGUGUUCAGUGUAUGGGCAGAAAUAGAGGAUUCGAGGGGUUCAUUUGUAUGUUUAAGGGCAUAUGAUACUACAGUACACCACAGUUUACCUUGGGUGGGUUCAUUCCCCCAUCCAGACGUCUAACCUUGGGGUGGAGAUGCUAAGUGCGGCAUUAUUGUAGUGUCGAGUGCCACGACUUCCUGUGUAUUUGGAUUUUGAGAGGGUGAAGAUUUGUAUUUUUAAAAAUACAAUAGAGUCACUGUUUGAUGCAUUGGGAUUUUAUGUUGCUAUUUGGAGUAAGAAUUAGUACUUUUUCUAGUUUAAUAUGGUAAACUCUUGGCUGUAUCGUGUGUUUUCUAACAUUUUUAUUGUUAAUUACUUUCAAUGAAUAAAUGUGCUUGCAUAAGAGUUUAAGCCAAAAAAUAUUUUUCCAUAACUUAAUCUGUGCUCAAAUCAAAACCAGUGAGAUUGUAAACUAAACUGCACAUUUAUUAUAUAAAUUUUUAAAAAGCUUUGAUCUUGGAAACUUACUAUUUUUCUCGUUAUAUGUUAACAAAAUACUAUGCUGUCAGAUUUUGUAUGGGAUCUCAAUCAACAUGUAGAGCUAAGAGUACUAUAUUACAUAAUAUUACUUAUAUUGCCAGAUGUGCCGAUACAUAAUGUAUACGCUUUUGUGUUACGAGAAAUGCUGGCAUAAGGAAACUGGGGGGAGUGAACCUUUAUCUAUCAGCUGCAAUAACACAAAUAUCUAGCAUUGGGCUGAUGUGGAAACCUGUCCUCCUACAAAGAACAUCGCUUUUCAGUCAUAUGCGUUACUUAAAGCCAAAAAUUGUCGUCCUGUGGAGGACGGACUGGCUUGCAGGGCUCAAGUUUACCAAUAACAUAUUAUUAUUGCCUUCCAUGAGAUGAAGUCACUCCCUCAUGAUCUUUUCAUACCAAAGUGUUGUUAUUCUUGUAAUUAGAAGCAUUAAGUUAUAUUUGUAUAGUAUAUUAUAUUCUUAUGUACUUUUGUAUGCUCGAAAAAAUAAACAAAGUCCAUUGUA